AAGAAGAAGGACACAGGGAGCCCAGUUACCACAGGUAGCCCAACCAAUGGUUCUCUUGGUUGCUUGGUCGUUUGUAUUAUUGAUCCCCUGUUGCUUGGUUGGUUAGCUGUAAUAAUAUUACCUCAAAGCAGGCAAGAGCUCACAAUGAACGUCUCAACAGCUUCAUCGAAAAAUGAGACCGAAAUCAUGACCCAAGUUUUAAACCUUACAGAAACAGCAGCUUCGUCUUUCGUUGUUCAAUACAACCUGGAAACCUCUUUCCUCGUUAUCACAAUUCUGAAUUCAAUUCUAGUCUUUCCAGCGUUAAUUGGAAAUUUCUGUAUCGUUUUUGCGAUAAAAAGAACUCCUGUUCUACAAACUCCGUCGAAUUUUCUUCUUUGCAGUCUUGCAGUUUCAGAUAUUUGUGUUGGGUUGUUUGCAUUGCCUCUACGUAUCUCAAGAACUGCUACUAUACUUUUAAAACUUGAUGAACUAGAGUCUAAGAUCCAUCCUUUUACUUUAUUCGCUUCAAUUUACUUAUCUGGCGUGUCUGUUUUUACGAUUACCGCUAUAAGCGUGGACCGCUUCCUAAGCUUGUGCUUACAUCUAAGAUACGCUGAACUUGUGACAUCGAAAAGAAUUUCGCUCGUGAUUAUAAAGAUCUGGAUUUCUGUUGUCCCGUUUACGCUGACUUAUCAUUGGAACCACGAGCUUUUUCAGUCGAUAUCGGCUAUAGCGACAACCAUUUUGCUAAUCAUUGUAGUAAUUUGCUACCUGUGCAUAUACAGAAUUGUGCGCCGACAUCAAAGGCAAAUACAAAGUCUAUGCAACAUUCAGCCAACAGUUGAUUUAAAACGAAUAGAAAAUGAAGUUGAAAAAGAUAAUUCAGGCCAAAUAACACUUCAAAAACAAGAAAUAUUAUCUCCUUCAAGGACAUUAGCAGAACUAUCUUGCGACAAAGACGCAAGGACAAAUGCAAGUAGAAGCAAGCAGGCUAUAUCAAGAGAAUCUCGAGACGAAUCUAAAGGCGAAAAUGAGCAACCGGUGAAAAAUAUGCCACCUCAAUUAAACUUAUCGAGCUUGAAAAAGACUAUUCUAAGCUCUUUUUACAUCUCUAUUCUUUUCUUUGUGUGCUCGUUUCCUUAUUUAGUUUCAAAAGUUUGUUUAGCAGCUUUCGGAAGAAAAAAAUGGACCAUAGAAAACAACGAAAUAGCCAUUACAAUAAUCUUCGCAAGUUCUGCUUUAAAUCCAUUUAUCUACUGCACAAAAAUGCGAAGUUUGAGAGUAGCUGUUUAUAAAAUAUACCUGGAUUUUAUCAAGUAGGAUCGAACGAAAUGAAAACUAUGCUUCUUCUUGCCAUGUUUUGCCUUAAAUUCGAAGGAGUGUUCAGCUGCUUUCCGGAAGAAUGAGAAAGUGCACUAUAUAAAAUCUAA